GUGGCUUUGGCUUAAUCUGUUAAGGGAUGUCGAGUUUCGAGUCGUCUACCGAUUUAAAAUCAUUAAGUAUACAAGGAAAGCAAUCAUCAGAAUUUUUGUCUUGGGCGAAGCACUUAAAAGCCUAUAUUUUGACGCUAAACCUAUGUAAAGUUUUAAACCAGGACUAUUUUUUGAAAGACUUGAAAAGCUUUCCACUUCGAUUUGAGUCCUACAGAAGUUGGAAGGAAUUAUUGCGCCUGUACCUUUUUGAAGAGUUGAGAACGCAAUUAAGCAUGUGUUGGAACUAUAAAGAGGAGAUGUGCUAUUCUUUAAUUACCAACAACUUUCAGCGUGAAAAAAAGAAAGUAGCUAAUAAGUCGACAAUAUCAGUAUCAAUCAAUAGGAAAGAUCCCACUCUUCGGUUUGAGCUACUAAAAAACAGUAUAGUGGUCAUUAAAAAAAUAGAUAACAAAGACCUUUCUUGUGAUUCUGGAAGACCAGAUCAUAUUUUUGGUUACAUAAAUGAAAUUUUUGAAGAACAAGAAAAUAUAUUAACUUCAAUAACCGUUGACCCAGAUAUUUACAAAAAUUUUAAUCCUUUAGAAAAUACAUUUUUAAAGUUUAUAUAUUUCGAAAUCUCUAUUAUGGUGUCAUUAAGAAUUUUUCGGUCCAUGGAAAGCGCCAUGCCUUUAAAAUUUAUAAAUGCAUUGCUUAAAGGAGAAAGAAUUUACCAUACUGCAAAGGACUUAACUGACAUUCGGACAACAGAUUGUAUACCAUAUUAUAACCACCUAAAUCCUUCUCAAAGGAAUUUGAUACUGAAUGUAUUGGAGUUGGUACAAGGUAAAGCUAAUAAAUUACAAGUACAACUUGUCAAAGGACCUCCGGGGACAGGAAAAACGGCUACCAUUUCUACAUUGCUGAAGUGUUUAUUAUACUUAAAGUCGGAAAGGAUUUUAGUCGCGGCACCAAGUUUGUAUGCCGUAACUGAGCUGGUUAAGAAAACUUUGUUGACUUUCGACGACUGCUCUGAGCGUUGGUUUCGGAUAUCAAAUAUUUUAAUAGUUGGAAACGAAAAAAGACUUGACACUAUGCCUUGGAUUGAACGUGUGUACAUUAAGGAAAGACUUGAACGAUUAAAUAAGGCAUUACUAAAUAUUAGGGAGGCAGUUGAGUUAGGCCCGGAAGUUGUAAACAGAGAAAGGUUAAAGAAAAUUUACUACUUAUUAAAAGAUUUAAGUGAGAAUAGUGAUGAUGAUAUCCAAGGUGAUAGUACGGCAAACAUACCGCCUUUAGCUUUAAGUUUUCUGAUAAGAACUUUUAACUCAAAGAGCUUUGAUUCUUUUAAAACAUACUGGGAGAGCUGUCUUAGAGUAUUUUUCGUGACUUUAAUAGAAGCGCUGCAAACUAUUUUCAACGAACUGCCUCAACACUCUUUUACGUCUACUUUUAAAAAUAAAGAUGUGUCAAUUGACUAUAUAGAGAAAACAAUAGAAUUUUUUACUACUAUAAAACUUGACUUUUCAAAAAAAAAAAUUUUUUACGGAAAUCAGCUUCUUUUGUUGAAUAACAUUUUGCGAAAAAUUGAAGUUAAAAAAGGCUUUGUUACUAGUAAUGAAGUGCUAAACGAGGCAAAUAUUGUUUUUUUAACUCUUGCCGUGGCAGGACGCAAGAGUUUCAAGAGCCAGGUGUUUACUAUAGCUAUUAUUGACGAAGCGAGUCAAGUACAAGAAGCAGAUAUGGCUUUAGUGUUUGCCUUUAACAAAUUAAAAUGUCUUGUUUUAGUAGGUGAUGAAAAGCAACUUCCACCUGUCGUCUUAUCACGGAGGCUACUUAAAUUAGGAUACAAUAACAGUCUGUUUCAGAGGUUACUUAAGCUCGAAUAUCCUUACCUACUAUUGGAUGUACAAUAUCGAAUGCAUCCACUAAUAAGCAUGUGGCCAGCCAAAACGUUUUAUGAGGGGUUACUCAUAAAUGGAGACAACGUUCAGUCGGGGAUGUAUUGUAAAAUAUCAGAUGUACUAACUAUUUAUGAUGUUCCACUAAGUAAUCAUGAAAAAAAAACUGAACGUGGUUAUUAUAAUGAAGGCGAAGAACUUAUAAUUAGGGAACUAAUAUCCAAGUUUAAGCGAGAGAGACGCGACCUACAAUCGAUUGGUGUGAUUUCGCCUUACAAAGAGCAGGUUAAGCGGAUGCUAGACCUAGAUAAUGUUAAGAGGUGCAUCUCUCCAAGCGUGUCCAAUGCUUAUCCAUUAGUCCAAGUUAGCACAGUAGACGGGUUUCAAGGCCAGGAGUUUGACCUUGUGAUUCUCAGUACAGUUCGUUCUAACACCAGUGGAUCAAUAGGCUUUCUAGAUGACGCCCGAAGGCUCAAUGUGGCUAUAACAAGAAGUAAAUAUAUGAUGGUAGUUGUGUGUAAUCAGAGAACUCUCUCGAAUAAUGAACUUUGGAAAAGUUUUUUAGGGUACGUAUUAGAACAUGGAGCUAUCUACAAUAAAGGAGAUGAAGUGUCUUUGGAGAAAUUGUUGAUCAACGAAUUGAUAGAGACAAAGAAAGUUGAAGAUAUAGAAAAAUUGUCAAUGGGGAAAAUAUGGGAAGUAAAAUUUUCUCAUGUUUUUAAAAAAAAAAUCGAAAAAAUUCACAUAAAAAAAAGUUUAAAGUUUUUAUUAGGACAAUUAAUAAGAUUUUCUCAAGGAAAAUGGCCGCGCCAUCCCUUAAAAAUGACAGAACGGAUAGGUUUGAUGUUUGAAGGGGUAUUCGUUAUCUCUAAAAUCCUAAACGCUUUUCUAAUAAUAACUGUUGAUGUGCAUCGAGGUUCCAGCCGUUGUAAACAAAUAUUAAUUACCUGGGACCUGGUAGAAAACAAUGAUUUUGAAAGAGCAAUAAAAAACGUUGAAAAUAAUUUAUUGCUUUAUACUGAUGAGUAUAUUAAGAGAUGUAAAGAAAGAGAUGAUGCAGGUGGCAUGACUUGUCCAUUGGAAUGGGCAAAAGAUGAGAGUUUUGUUUGGUUUAAAAAGAAAGAAGAAAAUGUGAUGCUCGAGGGAACAGAAGUUCUCUUGCCCAAGUUGUACGACCUAGACGACAAGCUUGUCAACUUUUUAUGGAGGGACCACAAAGGUUUUGCGUCCCAAGCUCUUCCUCUUUCCCUUAGCAAUGACGAAAAAAAAAUUGUGGAAUGUAAACAUAAUUUACUGAUAAUGGGAAGAAGCGGUACAGGAAAAACUACUGCCAUGCUCUAUCGGUUGCUAUAUUACGAGAUCUGGAGCCAAACAGUAUUGAGCAAACUUAACGAGUACGAAGAUAAGUUUGAAGAAAAAAAGGGCCAUCAGCUUUUAAUAACAGUAAACCCUAUGUUAUGUAAGUCCGUUAAAGAAGAAUACUCAGCGCUACUGAAAACUAUGAUGAAUAUUGAACAAAUCCAGUUACCUAAUCCAUCUGAAAGUAAAUUGGAAUUGCGUGAUUUCAUUAGCUGUGAAGACGACGCUUUCCCAGUUAUAACAACUUACGACAAUUUUCUAAAUUUAAUUAAUCAAAGCCUUUCUUUUCCUUUUCCGAAGAAUCCUUUAGUUAAAGUUGACUACAAUAUAUUUCAAUUUGGCUUUUUCCCUCGUGUGGAUACAUCUUUGAACAUUUCAUGUGCGUUGCUAUACACAGAAAUAAUGGCCUUCAUUAAAGGGAGCGUGCAAUCUAUCAUGUCAGACAAUGGCUAUAUAAAAGUAGAGGAUUACCUCAAAAUUGCUAAUCAACGUUCUUCUAUAUUCGAUGUUUCUAAAAGGUUGUGUAUAUACAAGGAGUUUAGAAAGUAUCAGUUUUGGAAAAAUACUAAAAAUUUUGAAGACACAGCCGACAGAGUUUUUAUUAUAUACAAAGCAGUAAAAAGGGAAGUUGAAAGUGGCAUUUAUAAAGGCCGACAAGUGGAUUUCAUAUACGUCGAUGAGGUGCAGGAUUUAAGCCCCGCACAGCUCUAUCUAUUACGCUAUAUUUCAACUAACUCAACUCAAUUUAUAUUUGCUGGGGACACCGCUCAAACUGUUUGUCACGGGUGCUCAUUCCGUUUCGAGAAGCUCAAAGAUUUAUUUUAUAAUGAAUUCGGGUUCAAGAAAAACUUUGAACAACUGUCCCUUCUGCAAAACUUUCGCACGCAUAGAGGUAUCGGAAAUGUUUCUUCAAUAUUAAUAGAUAUGAUGGUACGGUUUUUUCCAAACUUUAUUGGAGACAAAGAAAAAGAAAAUUUUGAGCGUUGCGGUCCCCAGCCUGUUUUUUUACUGGACAAAACUGAUAUCCUUGAGGAACUUUUUAGUAAAGAAUCUUUAGUGAGCUUUGGCUCAGAACAGGCAAUCUUGGUAAGAGAUGAGGCCAUGAAAGAAAAGGUAAGAGCCAUAAGUAAUGAGGAGGUUUUAGUAUUAACCGUAAGCGAGGCUAAAGGCUUAGAAUUUGAUGAUUGUCUUGUCUACAACUUUUUAUCCAGUUGCCAAGAAAAAGGAUUAUGGCGACAGAUUUAUAACUUUAGAGAUCUCGGAGUGAGACCUCCAAAGUUCUAUAUGGAUAGCCACGCCUCAUUGUUUAGAGAACUAUCCAUGUUCUAUGUUCUGGUUACCCGCGCUAAAGAAAAAUUAGUAAUUUUUGAAGAAAGAGAGGAGGCUAGACAGCCCAUGAUAGCGCUUUUACAACAUGAAAAGCUCGUAAGUACGCAAAGAUUUAGUAGCAAUAUUGUGUCUUUAUUUAUAAAAAGUUCGUCAAACGAGACAUGGACCAAAAAAGGAGAAUUGUUCUUAGAGAAAAAGCAGUUCUCUAACGCAUUUAUUUGUUUUACGAAGGCAAAUAAUAAGGAGUUAGCUACACGUUGUAAUGCCAUGAGCUUAGAGUUCAGAGCAGAUACGUCAGAUUUAAGUCUCUAUGAAGAGAAGAAGUGUUAUAUGGACGCGGGUUCCUUGUUUUCUUCUUUAAAAAACAAAUAUUAUGAAGAUGCAGCCAGGUGUUAUUCAAAAGGCCGAUGUUACCAGAAAGCUGCGAAUUUCUAUGAGGUAUGUCAAAAAUGGGCUGAGGCCGCCGAAUGCCUCGAACAUAUGAAAAACUUUAACUCCGCUUUCGAGUUGUACAUAAAAGCUGAAGAAGUGCAACGCGCAAUACAGUGCUUAGUAAAGGGAGCCUCGUUUGAGUUUGGUGUUACUUUCCUUGAAGAAGCAAUCCAAAAAAAUAAAGAUAAAAGCCUCUAUUGUACUAAACUCAUAGAAGCUAAAAAUGAAAGUAUUCAAAAAGGGGCGGUGUAUCACCGGAACAGAAAUAAUAAAGAUUCUAUGAUGUAUUUUGUUCGUCUGUUCCCAAAUUUGGAGCAAAUGAAAAAGUUUCUAUCAAAAUCUUAUCCUAAAGAAUUACUGCUAUUAGAGAAAGAAAAUGACAAUGAUUCCGAGUCGGCCGAGACCUACUUGAAGUUGUUUGCCUAUGAAGAGGCAGCCGCAUGCUACCUUAAAGCAAACAACUAUCAAGAGGCACUGAGUUGCCACGUCAGACUACUUAGGAGCCAAAUUUGCCCUUUUAUUGCGGAAAACAAAGUGAUUAGGUUCGAUGGUAAUACUAUAGAGACUUUAGAGAAAGCCAAUAGAACUGUCAAAGUGGAGAAAAACUUCCAGUGCCAAUGUUUACUAAAAGAGUUAAAGUUUUAUAAUUCCUUGUUACAUAUAGAACAAAGUCUUCUCGAUGAUAUAUACAAGGAGGUUAAAAAUGAAGUUGGUGCCUGGUAUUUAAAGCUUUAUGUAGCCCAGCACGCUAUUAAUUGUUGUCGUGACAACUGGAAGAAAUUAAGCUGUUAUAACACCGAGUUACAGAUGGUCAUAUCGAAGUUUAUUCAAAGCUGUGUUCCAAAAAAACGGUCGGCACAGGCAUUGGAUAACAGAAACCUGGAAAUUUUUAGGGAUGUAGUAGAAUACUUUGGAAUGCAAUUAUCGAAUUCUGUAAUCUCCACCUGCAUUACCAUCUCUGCUGAUAUGGACUCAUCCUUGUCAAAACAAUUCCAGAAAGUAAACUCUGUGGGGACAUGCGAUAAACUGUCCUCUGGUCUCAUCAAAUAUUUUGAUUAUUACACCUUUUGUGAGGUGGCCGAGGGGUUAUUAAGGCAGUUAAGCCUCGAUGUUUCCUAUAAAGUAAUUGAAUGCAUAAACAAUAAUCUGGAAGAUAAUAAAGAAUGCCAAAAAUAUAGUUUCCACGAACUUACUGACAUGCUCCAAAUCUUAUUUGAGGAAUUAAUGAAAGUAGAACCUUUAAUUUCAAAAGAGAAGCUCUGUGAACUGGAAGGCAUGAAAAAAAAAUACUGUCUUGAACUUAAAAAUUUUUUGUUUCCAAGAUUUUUCCCCUCGGGUCUUGAUAACGCCGCCCUUGUAGUAGAAUUAAGGCAAAACGAAAAGAUGCGGGCACCACUUGAAUAUUAUAUUACCAACUAUCUAAGUAAAUCCAACUUUAACGAAAACACUCUCCUCACAUGGCUGCUUCAAGCCGAGUUGUUCGAUGAAACAUUUCUAAGGAAACAGUUGUUUAUAAUAGGGGACAGGCUAAGAAACAUUUAUAAAACGGAGGAGCUAAUGUUUAAGAUACGUGAAAUAUUUUUAGUGAGGCGGAGCUUUCCUCUAGACCGCUUAAAUUAUCAUUACCAGGAGAGUUUUUACGUACUUAAAAAUUUACUAUUAAUGACGCUUACUCGAGUUGACAACCACUCUACGAAGUUUGUUUCACCACACAUUUUUAUUAAGCUUUUGGAGAAACAUUGCGUUUUCUUACUCAUUCAAUACACACGCGUUCGUAAUUUACUGUUAACUUAUUCUCUGGCUUCAGAUUGGAUUUGCCGUAAAAAUAAACGGUUCACGGAUGUGAUAAGAUUUAUGUCUAAAGUAAAUGCUGUUGUUUAUAAAACACAAGAACUUGAUUAUAAAAACGACGCAGGGAACAUCGAAAGUGUCUAUGCGUACACCGGGUAUAGAAAUUCAUACGAAUGGAAGGCAAGCGUGAUGCGUUAUGACAUAGAAAGAGGAAACGUUGCCUUUAAUUUAAAAAAGCAAGAAAAAUUGGAGCCUAUUUUAGGUGAACAUUUAAUAAAAGUUCUCGAGCUUCUUUGUCUCUCUUUGGAAAGACUAAGCUUGCCAUAUACUAAUGGAGAAGCUAAAGUUCAGCGUUGGGUAAGAAUGACAAGUCUUUUUAGUGAUAAGACAAACAAAAAAAAUGUGUCGUCAGUAAUUAAAAAGAUGAUAAAUUUGUAUAUUUGUAUUUUAAUUAACAUAAAGGAAGUUAACAGUAACAAAUAUUUUGCUGAUAAAUGGUUGCAAAAACUCAGAAGACCCAUGACAGAAGAAAAAAGUUUUAGAAAGGCCUAUUAUUAUAUUGAAAUGGGAGAAUAUCCUGCGUUGACGCUCAAGAAAGAAUAUCUUAAGAAUUUUAGUGAAAGCUUUGUGAAUAAGUCUAUGGAGGAAGUUACUAAGUUAAAUACAGUUAAAACUAUAGAAAAUAUGGUUUUCACUGUUCUCUUUCUAAAAGUCAAGUAUUACGCAGCGAAAUAUCGAAUGACCCAACUUUCUCGGCUGCAGCUUUCAAGAAGGAGAACUGAGUGCGAGUUACUAAAGGAGAAAAAAAUUAUCAGCAGAAAAACUGAAGGGGUUAAAGAAUAUAUCCAGACGGUUUGCCGUGUUAUAAAAAAAAUGGAGAGUUUGAUAAAGAAGUUUCAAAAUUUAAUAUCAACUUUAAAAGAAGGCAACUUUGAAUUUAGCUUAGAGGAAGCUAGGACCACAGUUGACAAUCUAUCGCAGAAUUUGUCCGAAAUUUUAAGUUGUAAAAGUUUAACUUUGCAAAAUUCAGAAGAAUUAUAUGAGCGAACAAACUACGUACUUAAUUUUUUAAACACCAAUACUAAGCAAGCUUCUAAAAAAUUAACUAAAAUAAGUUCGGAUUGCAAUGUUCCCAUAAAAUAACUAAUUUAUAAAAGAAGG